GAGUCUCAAUUUUGCUCAUAACCGGUUCUAACUUCACAGACGUUAACUGACACAACAUUCACAACAUUUAACACUUGUCGUCUGCAUUGCAGAGUCUGCAAUUAAAAUAAUAAAUUAAUAAAUGUUGCCAAUUUGAUCAUAAAUUUAGCUACCUAGUGAAGGAUAUUUGUAUUCAAGUGUCUUACAGUCAGUUAAGAUUUUGCCGUGUCCAUCAUGACGAGGAAGAGUAGUCGUAAUAAACCUGCCGUGACCACAGAGAAACAGAAACUAGAAAAGAUCAAGGGUGCAGAUAUUAUCGACGAUAAGCUAAACGUAUCACCAGACACAUCAACAGACCUACUACCGGAUGGGUCAUCUGAAGGUGGUUGUUUCGUGUGCGGAAACGCCAAAGUGACAUCGCUGUUACAGGGACGACGUCAUUACGAGAGACAAGUUGUCCUCUUCAAGGGCUUACUGUUGGAGGAAGAGGAACGUGACCGGAUUCACAGCUGCACCGAGUGUCUCACUGACAUUAAAGAAGUUUGGGACUUGCAACAACGGAUUGACGCCAUUCGUGAAGAUAUUAAUGUUAUUGUAAAAAGGGCACGUAUAAGACGAUCGGAUGCUGAUAAGUCAACCCGGGGCAAAAAAGAUGCGUCUAAGUCUCAAGAAUCAAACGUUGCCAAAAGACGUACAGGCGGACAAAUUUCGACACCCAAACUCAGAACAUCACCAAACAAAAAGUCUUCGCCUAAAAGUCCCACGCGUACAAAGGCACCGGUUACAUCCGAAAGUCCUAUUAAGAUUGAAAACACCUCGAGUGACGGUGAUUUUGACUUAUGUUCUGACAUCACUACGUCGCCGAUGUUUAUUAAAGCUGAAUCUGAUGCCGAAGAGGGUAUCCAAAGCGAAAUUAUUCCACAUGGGAUUGAUCCUCUUGCAUAUCGACCAAAACGGAAAAGUAGAAUUUUGGCUGAAGAAUUUUUGAGAAAGACCAUCUCGAAGGUUGAGGGGCCUAAAAAGAAAACUAAAUUCGAAGCCAAAGAAGAAAGUGGAGAAUCGGAAUAUUCGGAUAGUGACGAUGCUGAAUCAGAUUCCGACAGUAACUACAACAAUCACUCAUCGGACAAAAUUUCAAAAGCAGUAAUCAUUUGUUCAGAAUGUGGAAAAUCUUUCUAUACCCAGAAAAACCUACGAAUGCACACUAAACGGGCUCAUUUACCAGGCCGCCAUAAAUGCCAACAUUGCGAGAAAAUUGUCGCUACCAAUUAUGAACUAGUUGCCCACAUCAAGUACAAUCACACGAACGACGUUUUCCCCUGCUCAGUGUGUGGAAAGGGAUUAUCCUCUAAAAAGAGAUGCAUUGUUCACGAAAUGAUCGUUUGUGAAGUAGAGCAUGACUCUGAGCAACUCAAGGAGUUCAACAUUACCUUAAUCAAGUGUCCCGACCCAGAUUGCGAAAAAGUUUUUGAUAGAAAAAGUGCUCUGAUCAAGCAUAGCCGAACACAUACACGAGACAAACCCUUUAGUUGUUCCAAGUGUGGCAAAGCCUUUUCUGACAAACAUUACUUGUCAAUACACGAACAAUCGAUAUGUGGUACAAACAAAGAGAUCCUGAAACUCAUGCAUUCACGUCAACAGAAAUACAAGAACCUCCGAACUACAGAUACUACGUAUUCCUACGCUUGCUCUUUCUGUCCAAGAAUUAGAUACAAAAAAGCGUCACAACUUGAAAAACACCAGAAUAAAUUCCAUCCAAACGGGAUCAAGCAUGGGCCAAAAAUCACUACGGUUUGUGAGAUAUGUGGCAUCGUUGUGAAGGCGGAACAACUUUCUCGUCACAUUCGUCUCGUACACGAGGGAUUCCGUCCUCAUACCUGCACCCACCCUGGCUGUGGAAAAACCUUUACUAGAUUAACCAGCAGGAAACUACACGAGAAAACCCUUCAUGCCAAAAUCCCCCUCUCUCCCAAGCCUAAAGUUACUUGUGAUGAGUGCGGCCGAAUGUUUUCUCAUCCUUCUACCUUGAGCUAUCACAAGAAUGUAGUGCAUAAGGGUAUACCGCACAAAUUUGAAUGUCCCCAAUGCCCAAGAAAAUUUUUCAAACGAUUUACAUUCAAUCGCCAUAAAGAACUUCAUGAGAAAUUUGGACAUACGUGCAGUGUGUGUGGGACAAACUUUUAUUCUGCUGAGAAACUCGAAAAACACAAGAGUGGAAAGAAUUGUAGUUUGAAAAGCAGAUCACCAUAUAUAAUGAGCAAAUCUAACACAAAUUCGAUGAAAACUGAAACUGGAAUGAAUGAUGAUUCCUCCAACUCCAAUAUUGAAGUUAUAACGGAAGUGAUUAUUGAGUCCAUAUCUCAACAAGAAGUUAUCAUUUAGCCGUGUCGCAGAAUAUUAAUGGUUGAUUAUUAAGUUGUAUUACCAUAUUCUUAGAUUUUAUUGUUCAAUAAAACCUAUAGACUGCAAAGCCUUGAAACAGCAGCAGAUAAUGCA